GAUCUGAAUAAAUGUUUGUACGUUAUUUUAUUUAAAAAAGUUUAUUUAAUUGCAAAUAAUUAUACCGAUGUAAUUUAAAAUACAAAUCGGAAUGUACAUUUAAAGGCAAAAUUUUGGAACGCAACUUUCAUUGAAAGUGUUAAAAAUUUAAAUAUCAGAAAUGCUGAAAUCAAUUUAUUUUAUGUUAUUGUUUAUGUCGCUUAAUGUUACUAAAUCCAACUACCUAAAUACUAUCAGUAAUUUGCCAUCUGAACAUAUAUCUUACUUCUUCAACACAUUUCCUAAUCUGGCUCAGUCAUGCAUAGAAGAUUCAGAAUGUCCAUAUAAAGCAUCAGCAAACCUCAAAACUUGUUGGGGUUACGAAAGAAAUUGCAAUAUAUCUCAAUCAUAUCAUGUCAGGCCUAAAUGCCCUGGUGACCACCGUGGGUGGGUUAAAACAAAAGAAGCCCAGUAUUCUACAUUUUAUGCACAGGCAGACUUUGGAUAUGUAAGAGAACAGAUUGAAGAGUUGAUGGUCAUUUGUGAAGCUUCAUACCCUGAUGAUACUUCAUUAGAAUGUUCAAAGUAUUUAAGAUUUUGCCGUGGCAGAAAUAUGAUGCUUAACUUCACUGGCCUUAUAGGACGUGGUGAUAAUUUACGUUAUAAAAUGGAUAUCUUGGGUCAGGGCCAAAUAGGUGGCUAUUGCAAUUUUCAUUCAGAGAGGCUUCAUAAAGAAGCGGAACACAUGAGUGCCCUCCAAUCAUGGGGACCUGAAAUGAUCAAUUUUGUUAAAACUUCUAAAAAACCUAUUACUGAUGGGAUUUGUGAUGUCACUAUUGAUAAACCAACUUACAUCAUGAAACUAGAUGCAACUGUGAACAUGUACCACCAUUUUUGUGAUUUCUUUAAUUUAUAUGCUUCACUGCAUGUAAACUCAACACAUCCUUCAAUGUUUUCUAGAGACAAUCACAUUCUAAUCUGGGAAACAUUUACAUAUGAUUCUGCUUUCAAAGAUACCUUCAAGGCAUUCACUGACAAUCCCAUUUGGGAUUUGAAAAAAUUUAGAGGAAAAGUUGUGUGUUUUAAAAACAUAGUCUUUCCUCUUUUGCCUCGUAUGAUAUUCGGACUAUACUACAAUACACCUGUGAUAUAUGGAUGUGAAAGAAGUGGACUAUUCCAUGCAUUUUCGAAACAUGUAUUAAAUGCGUUAAAUAUAAAGUUGCACAUAAGAGAAAAUAAAAGAAUCAGAGUGACAUUGCUGUCCAGGGGUACUACAUACAGGUCUAUCCUUAACGAGAAAGAACUUGUGAAAGCAUUGCUUCAAGUGGAAGACUAUCAUGUCCAAAGAGUGGUAUACGACAGGACUGUGCCUUUCAGCAAACAGUUGGAAAUUACUCAUAAUACCGACAUUUUUAUAGGAAUGCACGGUGCUGGCUUGACACACUUACUCUUCUUGCCGGAUUGGGCAGCCGUCUUUGAACUAUACAAUUGCGAGGACCCAAACUGCUACAUGGACCUGUCCAGACUUCGAGGGUUGAAAUAUGUCACCUGGGAAAAUAAAGAUAAACUUGUGCAACAAGACGAGGGCCGCGGUCCGGGCGGCGGCUCGCACGCGAAGUUCACCAACUACUCGUUCGACGCGGCGGAGUUCCUGCGGCUGGUCGCGCGCUGCGCCCGCCACGUGCGCCGCCGCCAGGACUUCAACAACUUUGUCCGAGCCUCGCUUCUCAAGAGGUCACACGAAGAACUCUAAUCUAGUUUCACUCAUUGGUACCUACAUUGCAUAACGGUCUGUGAUUUCUAGAUAACUGUAAUUUAUGACUCGAUAUGAUUACAUAAUAAGACGAAAUAAACCUACAAAACCUACCUACGAAAUAAAUAAACCUAGCAAUAUAUUUUGAAAUUAAAUUUGUAUAGAUAACUGCAUGCAUAACAUUAUUUUGAUUUACAUUCUUUUGAAUGAUCUUAACUAUAUUAUUGAUAAGAUCACUAGCGUAAUUUAAAAAGUUAUUAUAUAUUAUAAUUACUUUUUACUUUUUAUUUGCUGCAGUUCAAAAUGAGGACAUUUUUUAAAAGUCAAAAGUAAUUUUAGUAAUAGUAAAAGUAGUAACUAAGUCCCACGGAAAUCUGAAUAAUAUAUUGUUUAUUUAUAGGGUGCAAAAUAGGAAUAAUUCACUGGCUGCUGAUAAAGAAAACACAGGUCUAUAUUUACCACUUCCCUUCACACUGGCCUUCACUUUACCCAAGCCCUUUUUAACUUAUUAAAUUGAUUAAUGUGUGUGUGUAAUAAUUCGUCCAUUCAUUGAAGAAAUUGUAUGCAUACAGCAAUACGCAAAAUUAGUAUUGAUUGAUCGUUUGUGUGGGUGUGAAUUUUGUGGUGUGAACAAAUGAACAAACUUUGUAGUUUCAUGUGCCUAAAGUCAAAUUAAUCGGCUAUGUCGAACUUCUAUAUAUUUUUCAGAUGUCUGUAUAUACAUUAAUUUUCUGGUCAAAGUAGAACACUACAUUAAGCAUCAAAUCAAUUCUUCUCUUGUAGGCCAAGAAGUACUAAGAAUACUUAGUAAUCAUGUACCUAGAUAUUUAUUAUACAUCACUUUUACCCCUUU